AGGAGGAGCUGAAGCUCACUGUGUGAAACCAAGUGCCUGAUACUUGCAGUAGUUUCCUGUGCACUCAGCAGCACUGUCUCUUGUGCUUCUGCUUAUUUGGACAAACAUUUCCUCCUGCUGUAAGUACAUGGAUGGAUUUUUGUAUAACUACAGCCAACAUGAGAUGCCUGAAGGAGAGUGUACAGAUGCUGAUGCUAGAGAGGCAACUUCAGAAGAUGUCAGAAGAGAAACAUUUAGUAUCCCACAUCAAAUAUCAAUCUAUGGAAGCAAUACUUUAGAGAAGGAGACAUUAAAACCUGAUCUGCCAGAAAGGCUGGAAUGGUUGGAAAAAGAAGUUUGUUCUUGGAGUGAUUAUUUUGUGGCGCAACUACAACUUCUGCAGAAGUUCUGCAGUGCAUCUUCUCAAAGCAUCAUCCAAAAAGAGGUUCCAGAGAAAGAAGAAUAUGAGAAGCUCAAAGAGCGGGUGAGAGAUCUAGAGGCACGAAACCAAAAGCUCUUGUCUAAAGUAGUGAGCAUGCACAAGCACUCAGAGAACAUAAAUGACCCUUUCCACUUGUCUGCUGUGCUGGAUAUGUAUAGGAUGCUUAAGCUACAAGAAUGGGGAAAAUGCUGGAGCAGCUCAGACCGUUUGUCCUAUCCAAAGGCCAGCAACAUAAUUAAGAAGCUGUUUGAUGCGUGUGAGAGAGAUAUUGAGAAGAGAAAAACUGGCAUACUUGAAAUCCUUGGCUUUCCAUCUUCAUAUGAUGCUGCGAAUACCUGCAAACAAGAGCUGAUGCCAGACAUAACGAAACUCUUAAGAUACGGCUAUUAUCAUAACGACUCAGGCAUUAAAAAAAUUACUAAGCAAGCUGAUGGUCCUCUGAAAAGUAUCAAUCAUGAGCAAUUUGCACUGAAGUGCUGUAGAGUUUUCUGUUUGCUGCUUCUUCAGGACUCACCAGUUAAGGCUGUAUGGAACAUACAUGAAAGCUUUCUUCAAUAUUUAGAGCACGUGGACCAGCAAGACUUAAAGUACUGUGAAAGAACAGAGCUUCGAAUUCUAUGGCCCAUGCUGAUGAAUGGGGUAAAUGUCAUUGAGAGAGGUGUAGUGUGGAAUGAAAAGUAACAAGGCUUUAAUGUCAAGCUUAUCCUUACAUGAUCAUAAGAAGAUUAAAUAGCUGUUGUGCAAUUUGUUGCUUUUCUUUCUCCUGUGAGCAGCCUGCUUUUCAUAUCUAGUUAAAUGUUUCUGGUUUGGAACACCAAGAAUAAACUAAUAUCAAACACCUACUGAAAAGUGAAAGUGU